AUGAGGGACAAGGUCCAUAUAGAGAAUUUACAAGUGGAGACGGCAAUCGGUCCAGACUCAUGGAACCAGAUUAAUCCGCAGCAGUGCUACCUAAGCAUGGAAAUGCUGACAGACUUUAGCAAGGCUGCAGAGCACGAUGACCUUACCCAUACGCUCAAUUAUGCGGUGAUAUGCCGGGAAGUUGGCAAGUUUGUAGGCUCAAGGACAGAUUGGGGUUCGCUGGGCAAUCUAUCUAAGUCUGUGACGAAAUUCGUGAUGUCAAACUUCCCUGGCGUUGACUCAUUGAAGCUGAAGCUGCAGACAAGGACAGGACACAUCAGAAGUGAUGACAUAUCGUGCGUAAUAGAGGAAAAUCGAAGAAGAGAUGAAGAAAUUAAUACACUAAGAUAUGAUUUGCUUUGUAUAUCCAAUUUGAAGCUUUUAACAUUGAUAGGCGUCUUCCCCUUUGAACGACUGCAGAAGCAAUACGUGACGCUCGACUUAAAGUUGCCCUGGCCCAAGCAAGUGGUGCGUCAUGCAACAGUAAGAUCUGCAAUAGAGAGAGUCGUUGAACAUGUUGAGCAUUCGAAGUUUUUAACUGUCGAGGCUCUCGCUGAGUCCGUUGCCAAGAUUAUCUCGAGCGACAGCUAUUUUGCGCAAUACACUGACUUUCCAAUAGACGUUAAAGUGAUUAAGUUAAAUGCAAUCACAGCGACUUCGGGGGUCGGUGUAAGCUGUGUGAGGAGUGUUAAUGAAUUGAGACAUCUCAAGAAACCUUUAAUCUUACCUGACGUUGAUGAAUAUGAAUUCGCAAAGGAAAAGUCGGAAGUGAUUCCGCAUCAUGGCCUUAACGUGGCGCCUUCUGACACUUGGAAUACUGCAUAUCUAGCGUUUGGAUCUAACGUUGGAGACCGUUUGCAAAAUAUCAGAACCGCAAUUGAUCUGUUGAAUCAAAGGAAAACAAUCAGAGUAAAAUGUAUGUCAUCCUUGUUUGAAAGUGAACCAAUGUAUUUCAAAGAUCAGGAGUCUUUUCUGAACGGUUGCCUGAAGAUACAAACUUCGCUGUCUCCGCAUGAGCUACUGGUGUGCUGCAAAGAAAUCGAAUAUGAUGAGCUAAAAAGAGUCAAGAAGUUUGAUAAUGGGCCACGGACGAUUGACCUUGAUAUUAUCCUAUUCCUGAACGGAGCAGGUGAACCAGUUAUGAUAGAUGAUGAAAAGUUAACGGUCCCUCACAAGCGGUUGCUAGAGAGAUCGUUCGUGCUCGAGCCAUUGUGCGAAUUGAUACCGCCUAAUUUCGUGCAUCCUCUUACCGCAGAACCAUUAAUUGACCAUUUAAACAAGCUCAGCAAGAAAGGAAACGACGAGGAUCGGUUGUUCAACCUUGUACCAGUAGGUUCUAGCGGGUCGACAGUUAAUUUCCUAAAGUUUCAAAAUGUCACAGAAGAAGGAAUCUUUGGCUCUACACUCGGCAGAGGCAGUAAGGUGGCGACUUUGGUGAUGGCUAUUGUUAAUACCACUCCGGAUUCGUUUUCCGAUAGUGGAGAGCUUUAUUGCGAUUUGGAUAAGCAAUUAUCCUGCGUUAAGGAGAUCUGCUCGCAGACACUGAGAUUACAUGAAAAACUGAUUAUAGACGUGGGAGGCUGCUCAACCAGGCCAAAUUCGCCUCAGCCCUCGGAAGAGGAGGAAUUACGGAGAGUUAUCCCAACAAUUCAAGCAAUAAAAUCGUGUCCAGACUUGCCCUCUGAUAAAGUUAUCAUUUCUGUCGACACGUAUCGCUCAAAUGUGGCGCAAAAAGCCAUCAAUGCUGGAGCAAGCAUUGUCAAUGACAUAUCUGGUGGCUCGUUUGAUUCUUCGAUGUUUUCUGUCAUUGCCGCGAAUCCCAACGUAGCCUACGUGCUCUCUCACACAAGAGGUGAUAUAGCGACUAUGGCUAAGCUAACGAACUAUGAAGAAAGCCAGAAUGGGAAACUAAGCGAGUAUAUUUCGGACAAGAUCUGUAAGACAAGUGAAACCGCCACGACGAGGAUCAUUGGAAGGGAGCUUGCUGAGAGAUAUUUUGCCGCCGUUAACAAUGGAGUUGCACGUUGGCAAAUCAUAAUGGAUCCUGGUAUUGGUUUCGCCAAAAAUGGAGAUCAAAAUCUGCAAAUCAUCAGACAAUUGCCUUUACUCAAGAGCUUCUCGUGUACAUGGGAAAAUGGAGAGCAUGUAAGCUUCCGGAACUUGCCAUGGCUGGUUGGGCCCUCGCGGAAGAAGUUCAUCGGAAAAAUCACCAAGGAGGAGAACCCGAGUGACCGAGAUUUCGCAACCGGUGCCGUUAUAACUGCUAGCAUAGGUUUUGGCGCCGAUAUUGUCAGGGUCCAUAACGCCAAGGACUGUGCUAAGGCUGUAAAAGUCGCUGACGCUCUGUAUAAGCAGCUUCCAUAG